GUGUUGCAGCGAGUGUGUGGGAAGAGAACGAGAGAGGGGCGUGGAUGUCCGCUCCUAAACUUCCAAACUUCUCCUGUCAGCAGGAGCCAGUGGCAGCCGCGCAGCACCGUCAGCAACUUUCUCCCGCGCCGACCCGUGAACGCACCAUGGAAGAGGAAGCAGCCCCCGGACUCGAGCCCGGCAGCAGCCACACACCCCCGCAGGCGGAGACCCAGGAGCUGCUCAUCCCCAGCUUCAGCCCGUCGUCCGCCCCGUCUUCGCCUACCCCGACCGGAACCCUGUCCCGCCUGGGCUUGAAGAGUCCCACCAGCCCCGGCGGAGCCGUGGCUCCGGGCAGUCCGGUGGACCGCGGACAGGUGAGCGCCAUCACCGUGGUGGCGCUGCUGGAUAAGCUGGUCAACAUGAUGGAGGCGGUGCAGGAGAACCAGCAGCGCAUGGAGCAGCGCCAGUCCGACCUGGAAGGUGCCGUGCGCCUGGUUCAGGGGGACGUGACCCGCCUGGCCAAGAACCACCUCAGCACCUCCAACAGCGUCAGCAAGCUCCUGGAGAGGUCCAGGAAGGUGAGCGGCCACCUGAAGGAGGUGAAGGAGCGCCUGGACAAGCAGGGGGUCCAGGUGAAAAAGCUGGAGGCCAACCACAGCCACCUGCUCAAGAGGAACCAUUUCAAAGUAGUCAUCACCCAGGAGGACAACGAGAUCCCAUCCACCGUCUUUGUCAAAGACUCCUUGAAGACUCCGCUACCAAGCCUGUAUGACACAGAGUCCACCAUGCCUCCACCAUCGGUGACCGGCUCUGUGGAUGGUGUCCAUGCCCAAGAAGAGGGUCUGCAGACCGUCAACCUGUCCUCAGAUGAAGAAGAUGCUCUGUCCCCUCAAAAUUUCGAUUCCUUGGAGUGUGACGAAUCUUAUGGUGUCGGCUCAUCCCGCACUUACGAGCGCCGGGCUGACCGCUUCAAGCGCUCCAGUCUGAAGAAGGUUGACAGCCUGAAGAAGGCCUUCACACGUGAGAGCAUUGAGAAGAAGGUCAACCAGUUCACCAGCAAGAUUGUUCCACCGGAGAAGCGUGAGAAGAUCAAGAAAAGCCUCACCCCGAACCAUCCCAAGAGUCCCACUGCCAAGUCCUCCUCAUUCAAGGUGACUCCCAUGACAUUCAACAUCAAGAAGGUGCGAGAAGGUGAGCUCCCGUCACAAGACGCCAGCUUUCAAUCGGAAGAAGCUCACGUGGAGAUUCCGCCUCUGGAAGUGGAUCUGUCGCCAGGAGAUGUGCCUUCAGCGGAGGUUCAUGUCCAGGAAGCUGUCGAAGAAGUGGAAGAAGCUCUGAGCAGCCCUGAUGAAGUCAAGGCGGAGCUGUCCGUCAAUGGCGAGACCCCCAGCUUAGAGGUCGAGGUGAACGGUGAACGUUCAGCAAGCCUGGCAGUCCCGGAGCAGGAAGAUGACAUGGGUGAAGAGGAAGAGGAGGAAGAGAAGGAGCAACAGAAAAGCCCUGUCGACGCAGCUGCAGAAGUGACGACUACCACGUCAGCAAUUACUGUGGAGCAAGUUUCUUAAUCCCAUUAUCUACAUCGCUGCUCCACGCUCACCCAGCAGGGAUAGUUCGUCCUUUCGCUGUACACAGUUCUAUGUUCUUCUUCUCAUGCCUUACAAAUGCUUGCUUCCAACCCUAGUUCAAUUCCACACCUCUUAACUCACUGUGAUCAGCUGGAGCACAGAGGCUCUGUAACAGCAGGUCUCCAGGGUGCAGGGUCAGCUAUCCCACUCCCGCCGUGACCCGGGUCCAUGUCCACAGAACCCCCUUGUGGUGUUUGUGAAUCAUAGUAAAUUGUGAGCGACAGCAGGACCGCCCAUGCCGCAUGUUGAUGUAGCAUGCUGCCAGUCUAUGCAAGUUUGAAGGUGAAAGUGUCGCUGUUUUCAUGUUGCAGGAUUUCAGGCCUUUUAGUUGGAGUGGCUGCCUUUUCAUUUUGUUCAAACCAGUGUUGCACUCACACUCUAUUAUAGCAGGAAUGUGUUGCUCCCUUCAUUGACUAGUGGUUUCAGACUGCGGGACCAAAAUAACUCAAACUGGUUGCAGAAAGUCGCCAAAUCCAUUUGGUUACUCUCUUCUGAACAUACAGUAGACAGGUAUGUUGUUGAAUAGUGAGUCUCAUGGCUUCAUGGAACUCAAGAGUAGCGAUGCAUCAGAACGACAAGUCUUGGCCCAAAACCGAAACAUUGAAAGAACUACUUACUACAGUAAUUAAUCGUACCACUGUAUUUAUAGCUCGCCACCAGCGCUAGUUUGCAGCCAUUUCCAAAAUGUAGUAAGGGCAACAUAGAGAAAUGCUUUGCCAUUUUAGCUUUUACGUGGCGCUAUUCGCUGGUCUGUCUCAGAAAGUUUUGUUUGUUCAUGACAACAUCCUGUUUUUGUCCAGAUUUUGUUGUGUCAAACUUAAAUCCGAAGAGACUUGCUGUGUCAGCAGUAAGCGUCAUGUCAUGCUCCAGUCAUAUGAGUUCAUAUAGAGCGCCAAAUGAAACAAGGCCAGGCAUGUUGGCCAUGAUUUGAUUCCCUUAGUGUGAGUGCAAAUGAAGAGGAACAAAAGGAAAAUGGUCAUCGGAUUAAAAUGUAACUGUGGUCACAUGGUACAGAGCCUUGUCUUGUUUAGACCUACUGGGGAGCAGCUUUGACACACUAGAGCCUUUACAACCUUUUUGUAUGUUAAUGUACAGAUUUUUUUUUUCUAAAAACACGCUCUUCCAUAGUUUCCACUGCACUAACAAGUAGUUUCAUUAUAUUUUCGGUGAAUUUCUUCUACAUCAGUCGAGACGUCUACUGUUUGGAAUGGCCUGCGGUGUACUUCCUGAUAUGUUCCUAUCUCUCAACAUGACUUUAGACAUAUGCACCCUCGUACUCCUGACACGCCAGCUGGAAUAACAGGAGUAGAGGAGAAUUCCUCUGUGUAGACAGGUGUAGGAGUUGCCUAAAGAUUAGAUUAUUCAAAGUAUUUGCUCUUAUGGUAAGUUAAGGAAAGUGAAUCAAGAAUGAUUGAGCCAAUAAUUUUAAAAAGAGACACCAGGUGCCACGAAGCCAUGAUGACUCGGGGGUUAGACUAGAGGAAAAGGGCAGGCUAUACCUUACUUUGAUGGAUGACUGCUGCUUUUGUCAUUUUUCAUGCUCCUGGCUCAAAGAGGCUCCCGGGCUUCAGCUGUGAAAUGAACCCAAGUGCAAGAUGGAAGUGAGAGGAAUGACUUUUGCUGUCAGAAAGACGGAAGAAACUUGGCCUAACAGAAGCGUUAGUACAUUAAGUUUGUGGCGGCUAUAGCCCUUGUAUUCUUGUUUCUGUGGUAUCAGAUAACACUUAUGUAUCUUAAACCACUCAUGUUCUCCUUUGAUCUUGUUUAGUCAUGCAUUCAUUUUGUUCCAAUCUUUCUCUGUGUCAAUAGAAAACUGAUGUUUACUGGUGUUUGAAAUGUGAUUUGCAGAACAGCAUCCAGCUGCUUCUCCCUGCAAAGGUUUAAUUUGUGGUGAUAUUUCUUUCUGAUAUUAAUAACACUGGAGUUUCUGGUUUUGUGGUCGUGCAUUAAGUCAUUUUUGUCUUUUGAAUUUUGGAGAUCUGACUCCAUUUUUGAUUAGAUGAUUAAGAAACUAACACAGUCUGACUGUGAUCAUGUGUCUUUGUUGAUACACAAAAUGCCUUCUUUUACACAACAACCCUCUUGAACCAAAGACGUGUCUUUGACAAGGUUCCUUACCACUUGAGUGACGACUCAAAUAUUCCAUCUGACACUUGCUAACAUCUUCGUCAACAAAGUAUUUUCUGUCACCCCUAGUAUUGUGUAUGUCAAUAAAGAAUUUUAAAAUCA